AUGAGCACCGGUGCAUUUUCGAUCGACCAGCUGAUGGAGUUGGCCGGUCUUGCCGUCUCGCAGGCUGUUUACCGUCUCCAACCUCUCGAAAGUGGUCGUAGGAUCCUUGUUGCAUGUGGCCCCGGAAACAACGGUGGUGAUGGACUGGUAGCUGCCCGCCAUCUCCGUCACUAUGGUUACAAUCCUACCGUCUUCUACCCCAAACGGAGCAAGAAUGAUCUUUACCAGCGGCUUGCAAAACAGCUCGAAGACCUCGACGUCCCCUUCGUGGAUGACUUUUCGUCAGCCGUAAGCUCGACGGAUCACAUUGUCGACGCCAUCUUCGGUUUCAGCUUUUCCGGCGAAGUCCGAGAGCCAUUCCCCGCGGUAAUCCAGGCUCUUCAGGAAACCAAGUUGCCGGUCACGUCGGUUGAUGCUCCCUCGUCAUGGGAUAUCGAGAACGGCCCUCCCGAGUCCGGGCUCGGCAGCUCCUUUAUGCCUACGGCACUUGUUAGUCUGACAGCGCCGAAGCCGCUAGUGAAUCACUUCAGGGGACGGCACUUCAUUGGCGGACGAUUCGUGACUCCUGCCAUUGCAAGCAAGUAUGGCUUUGAGGUUCCCGAGUACAAAGGCAUCGAUCAAGUUGUCGAGGUUGAGACGACUGGGCAGAAACUCUAA